UCCAGUCCGUGCGCGGCCCAGGGAGGGGAAGGUUCAUUUGGACACUUUUUCGCGGGCUCUGGGAAUCUGCGCGUCUCUGGCAUGGAGAAGUAUUUACCCCAGCUCCUGGCUGAGAAGGACGCCUUGGACCCGUCAUUCACUCACGCACUCCGGAUGGUGUCUGAAGAGAUCGAGAAAGUCCAGAAAGGAGAAGAAAGUACUGAAGACCAGUACAUCGACGUGGUGAUAAAUAAGAACAUGAAACUUGCGCAGAAGGUCUUAAUUCCCAUUAAACAGUUCCCCAAGUUCAAUUUCGUCGGCAAACUCCUGGGUCCGCGCGGCAAUUCCCUGAAACGCUUGCAGGAAGACACGUUAACGAAGAUGUCUAUUCUGGGAAAAGGAUCCAUGCGAGAUAAAGCCAAGGAAGAGGAACUCAGAAAAAGCGGGGAAGCCAAGUACUUCCAUUUAAACGACGACCUCCACGUGCUCAUCGAGGUGUUCGCCCCGCCGGCGGAAGCCUACGCCAGGAUGGGGCAUGCCCUGGAAGAAAUAAAGAAGUUCCUCAUUCCUGAUUACAACGAUGAGAUCCGGCAGGCCCAGCUGCAGGAGCUCACCUACCUGAACGGCGGCUCCGAGAACGCAGAGGUCCCGGUGGUCCGGGGGAAGCCCCCUCUCCGCGCGCGAGGAGCGCCCGUGCCCGCGUUGGCCAGAGGUCGUGGCGGGGUACCACCGCCUUCUGCUGGCGUUCCAAGAGGGGCACCCGCGCCCAGAGGCUUAACUCCGGGAAGGGUAUCGUCUACACGGGCGCGUGGGCUUGUAUCUACAAGAGCGAGAGGAAUCCCCCCACCUGCAGGCUACAGACCCCCACCUCCAGCACAGGAUACAUAUGGAGAAUACGAUUACGAUGAUGGAUACAGCACGGCUUACGACGAACAGAGUUACGAUUCUUACGACAAUAACUACAAUUCACAAGGACAGAGCGCAGCAGACUAUUAUGACUACGGGCACGGACUCGGGGAAGAAUCCUACGACUCCUACGGACAAGAAGACUGGGCUAAUUCAAGACACAAGGCUGCACCCGCACGAUCCACGAAAGGAAACUACAGAGACCCGCCGUAUGCAAGAUACUGAUUGUACAGUGUGACCUUGUGAAUUAUCCAUUCUACUCCAGCCCUCUAUACUGUUCAAAGUAAUUUUUUUUUUUGGUUUUUUUAACGAACACUUAAUAAUAAGUGCUAACUCCAUAAACGGAUGGACUGAACCUAAAAAAAAAUAUUUUUUUUUCCUUUGGAAAACCGAAAGACAAAACAAAGAAAACAAACAAAAAAAACAAAACAAAUGUAAAUUGUAAUUUCUAGUCUGUUUUUUAUUUUUAUUUUAUUUUUUGGAAAAUAGGUGGGUUCAAAAGGACAAAUUUAACUUUUUGAUUUAACUAGCGUUAAAGUUAGAUUGACUAAACAUGUUAACCCAUUAUUUUAACAUAAGCGUAACCUUUUUUUAUUUUAAAGGUUUGGGAGAAACUUCGUUUUCCGCUGUAUUUUAGCAAUUUGCUACUUUUUUUUCUCUCGUAAAACUGCAUAAAGGAAAACUACAAUUGCAAAUGUGGUAUCUUUUUUUUGUAAGUCUUGAAAAUGUACUGUAGUGUUGAGCAAAGUUUAAUGUUGCUUAAUACUAAAUAAACUUUUUGAAAGAAAA